AAGAAUAUAAAGACUGUUUAAUGGGAGACCAAUACCUACCCCGAAGAAUCCUUUAAUGACGACACAAUGUAGGUGACACCAUGAACUUGCAAAUUGUUUUUCUUUUGGAAAUUUGUCCGUAGAAGAAAAUUAGAAACCACAUAAUUAUGCCAUGGAACUAAACAGAUUUCGUGACUCUUUUCAAUUUGUAACUGCCAUAUUUUAUUAACCUAAACACGCCUGAGAAUGAGAACACCCCGAUUUGCCGCAAUAAAACUAACAAACAAAAAUAAAUUCAACCGUUGAUGAUAAUUUGCCGAUUGAUUUGAUAUAAUGAAACUACUGAAGGCAAACACGAUAUAACGAAGUUAUUGAUAUACCAUACGUUCCAAUUCCUCCACCAUAUUAGAAGGGGAAAAGUUAUGAAUUGAAAGACGGUUGUUUAGGUGGACAAUAGAAGACAUAGGUCAUGGACAGAGAAUGUUUUAAAAAUCGUACACAGGCCCAUAGCACUGGCUGGCGUAGCACAUUUUAUUAUCCUGGUGGUGGUAAUUAUCGUGGCUAUUGGUUGAAAUCUCAACAUCAUCGUUUCGGUGUGAAAGAAACCAAGCAACAAUUAAUCUACGAUGGCCAAUGGCAUGAAGGAAAGCGGCAUGGUUGGGGUAUGAUGCGUCGCCGUUUGAAUGAUGGCACUAUGGAAAGGAUCUAUGCCGGCCAAUGGCAGAUGGAUAAGAAAUGUGGCGAGGGCAAACAAUUUUAUGACGAUGGUAGCAUUUAUUAUGGAUGGUGGAGGGCGAAUCGUCGUCAUGGCUUGGGAAUUCAAUGGUAUGGAACGGGUGAUAUUUACUUGGGGGAAUGGCAAAUGGAUGUGGCCCAUGGUUUGGGAGUGAUGCUGUAUGCCAAUGGCAACCGUUAUGAAGGAUAUUUUGCCAGGGGAUUUAAGAAUGGUGAAGGUACUUUUUAUCACAUGCACAGGGGUCAAAUACAAAAGGGCAUAUGGCAGGAUGAUGUAUGCAAAACAUCUAUGGUGCAGGAUGAGUUCCGUCAACAAGCUCAGAAUCCAACACAAUAUCCCAUACCAUCGUUACGUCUGGCAUGCCCAAAGGAAUUUAUUCAAAAACUCUUCGAGGAAUAUAACGACAAGAUCAAAAAUAACCCCAAAUCUGCGGAGGAAUUGAAUUGUUUAAAAUUUGUGGAAAAAUUUCGAACUCUUAUUAAAUUAGAACCAAAAGCCAUAUCAAAAUCGAAAUUCAUAUUAGAUGAUUUGUAUGUUCCAUGCUCCUGCAAAUUGCAAGAAGAACUAAUACGACUUCGUGAAUUAUGAUUUUUGAUGGCAUAUCUUUCUUUGUGUGUAUUUUUUAACAGGUCUUGCAAAAUUCAUAAAUAAAGGAUUAAUAAAUUCA